UGAUGUUUUUCUAUUUUUCCAGGACAUGCCAUGGAGAAACCCUCAAAGGAUCGUCUCACUUUAUCUCCAGGUUGUAAAAUGGAAGAUGAGGACAUCACAGGAGAUUGUGGAGGAGAAAAGACAAUGAGCUCCACUAUGGAUGGAGGACUUCACAGUGUGGAUAGACCAUGGAAUCCCUCUGACUCUGAGCAACCUCGUACUGUGAGGGAUGGGGCCGGGAUUCAGGGGGAGAAGACAUUUCCCUGUUCUCAGUGUGAGAAAAGUUUUAGCUCCGGUUUAGCUCUUUUUUUACAUCAGGGAACUCACAGGGAGGACGGACUUCAUACCUGUUCUGAGUGCGGCAAAUAUUUUCUACAUAAAGCAAAACUGGUCACACAUCAGAGAAUUCACACGGGCGAGAAGCCGUUUUCCUGCCUUCAGUGCGGGAAAUGUUUCUCUGCGAAUUCCAAGCUUGUUAUGCAUCAAAGCGCUCACACCGGGGAGAAGCCGUUUUCCUGCCCUGAGUGCGGGAAAGGUUUCUCACUGAAAUCAAGUCUUGCUAUACAUCAAAGAUGUCACACGGGGGAGGAGCCGUAUGCCUGCCCAGAGUGUGGAAAAUGUUAUAAACAGAAAGCAAAUCUUAAUAAUCAUAUAAAAUCUCACACAGGGGAAAAGCCGUAUCUCUGCCCUGAGUGCGGGAAAUGUUUCUCACAGAAAUCAAAACUUGAUCUACAUCAAAGAUCUCACACCGGGGAGAAGUCGUCUCCCUGCCCCGAGUGCGGGAAAUGUUUUGUAAGUCAACGAGGACUUGUUUUACAUCAAAGAACUCACACGGGGGAGAAGCCGUAUGCCUGUCCUGAGUGCGAAAAACGUUUCCCGGACAAGUCGCAGCUUUAUAUUCAUCUGAGACUGCACACUGGUGAGAAGCCGCAUGUCUGCCCCGAAUGCGGAAAAUGUUUUAGACUGAAAUCAGGUUUUAAUGAGCAUAUAACAGGUCACACAGGGGAGAAGCCGUACGGCUGCCCCGAGUGCGGGAAAUGUUUUUCAAAAAAGCGCAAACUUGAAAUGCAUCAGAGGUCUCACACGGGCGAGAAGCCUUAUUGCUGUCCUGAGUGUGGGAAAAGUUUUCCACGUAAGGCUGAGGCUACUAGACACCGUAUUAUACGCCAUACGACGAGACAGCCGUUUUCCUGUUCUGAGUGCGGGAAAUGUUAUCUAAAUAAAUCAAAUCUUGUCCAACAUCAAAAAUAUCACGCAGGGGAGAAGCCGCACUCCUGCCCUGAGUGCGGGAAAUGUUAUCUAAGCAAAUAUGGUCUUAUCAAACAUCAGAGAUCUCACAUCCCCGAGAAGCCGUUCUCCUGCCCUGAGUGCGGGAAAUGUUAUGCAGCGAAAUCGGAUCUUGUCCAGCAUCAGAAAUCUCACACCAGGGAGAACUCCUGCCCUGAGUGCGGGAAAUGUUUUUCACGGAAAUCGUAUCUUGUCAUUCACCAAAGAACUCACACCAAGGAGAAGCCGUACUCCUGUCCUGAGUGUGGGAGAAGCUUCUCACAUAAGAGUCGUCUUACCAGACAUAGGAGAACACACACAGCCCCCCAGUAGUAUUAGUUUCCUGAGUGCGGGAAAUGUCUUCUAUAUAAAUUAUAUUUAGCUGUACAUCUUAUUUUCUGUUUAUAAAAUAAAAAUGCCGGGCUGUACGAAAACCGCCAUAUUGGAAAGUA